AUGCACCAGCUCGUAGCCAUCGCGCCGCACGAUGCAGCGCGUACCGAAGCGGGCGCGCCACACGAGGCGCGGUGGUACGACGCAGUAGGUCUUUUCUACGUGGGCUGCUCGGUCGCGCUGAGCUUUGCGAGCGUGCUCCUCGCCGAGCCGUACCUCCAGAGCGAUUCGUUCUGGCCCGAGUUUGAGCCAAAAAACGUCUCGACCGUGCUCGCGGCUGUGUACAACCUUCAGCUCACGCUCACGAACGCCUCCAGCAGCAUCGAGCUCACGGACGCAGCGCUAGCACUCUCGCCUCUCGACCUACUCGGCAUCAACCCCGCGUACCCGCGGCGCAUCAUGUACGAAGAGCUCACGGACAUCAGCGACGCUAUUGUCGGUUUGCGGCGCCUUUCGGCCGCCAAUGUCGCGUAUUUAAGCACCCAGUAUUGUUGGGCCGACGUCGAUCGGCGCUGGGAAAUGGCGCACACCGUGCGGCGCCAGGAGCGCUGUGCCGCGGUCUCGACAACCAACGGCGCAGUCCACCUCGAGACGGUCUUACGCAACAUUGAUAUGCGCGCUUGGCUGGCGCUCGCCUCGACGAGCUUUGAGCUGUACAUCGCCAACGGCAUUGCCGCGCUUCCUGGCGGCGCCGACUGGGUCGAUGCUGUGCGUAGCCACGUGCUGACCUCGAUUCCAGACGAAGUCACGUUUUGGCAUGCGCACAAUCUCUCCCAUUUUACGCUCCAGUGGUCGAACCGCAACCAGAUCGGGAUCCAAGAGACACUGAGCAUCGGGAGGUCUGUCUUUGGCUCGGUCAGUACACUCGCCAUCAAGUCGAUGCCUGCCAGUGUCCGCAACGCGCUCGUGACCUCCAACUACAUGAACAUGGCGCUUCAGUACGACUUUAACGCGCUCGAGAGCACGAAUCUGAGCCUGGUUCGGGGUGCGCCGGCCUUUUUCGGGACCAAUAACGUCUCGCUCAUCGAGGCGUUUGCCGUCGGCCUCCCGCUGAGUCGUCUCUACGACGUCGUGCACCGUUCGAUCGGAUCCCUCGGGACCAUCGAUCUACACUGGGUGCCUGCCCCAGCUGCGUUGCGCCACAGCAUCCAACGCUUUCGCGCCCACGUCCUCAAGAGCGUCCAGGCCGACGCUGCGCUCGCAACGAUCUUCACCAGCAUCGACACGACGGUGCUGCACCCGACCCCGCCGCGCUGGGCCGACCCCGACCUCGUCUUUUACGGCGGGAAUCCCAUGUGCGGGUACGGCAGCGGCGAGCCGUACCCGCAAGAGUCGUGGGGCUUUAACGACGCGUGCGCGAGCCAGUCGCGAUUCUCGACGACGCUCACAAGCUUUAGCGGCCUCUUUGCCUUCCUGAUGCUCGGCGGGUCCGUGCACCAGCCGUGCGCGCUGGUGCGCGACGUCGUGCGCUGCGAGAGGACGCUGGACGCGAUCGCUGCCAGCUAUGCGCGGCUGCCAGCGACCAACGAUACGUUUGUGCCGCUCGGUGCGACCGACGAGCUCUCGCGCGUCCACUUCCUCCAGCAUGUCGCGACGAAGAAUGCGUCGACGACCGUGUCGUUGGCACCGCAAGCGCUUCUUGCCGACGGAGCGUGGGCGUUCUUUGGCUGGGCAGCGCUCUACGACUGGGCGAUGACCUCGCGCUCGGUCAUGCGAUUCGAAGGGGACGUCGACCGCUUCGACCUCAUGUCCUUCUACUACCCGCCAGUGCAAAGUCAACGCGGCGCUUCGCUCUUUGUGAGCUGGGCGCAGUACUUACGCGUGUGCAUGCUUGUGUCGAGCGGCCUCCUCGGCGCCGUCGCGCUCCUCGUCGCCAUACUCCACGUGGUCUCGGGGCGCCCCGCGGGCAGUCACUGGUUUGUCUUCAACCGCAUCGCAUCCGCGGUCUGGCUCAAUCGAGGACUGCUGUUGCUACGGAGCUUUGUCGCGCUCCUUUGUCUCUCGACGGCGCCGAUCGUCCCGACAACGACGAGCGACCACUGGGUGCAAUUUACGACGGCGCGGCGCUCCGUGGUCGCCUCGUGUCUCCUCGCUGGCGAGACGACGUGGCUCACCUAUGUAUUGCAUGAGCUGUUGCAUCCGGUCACAGGCGACCUCACGCCGUACUAUGCACCGCCGAGCUCGGCCCUGGCCUUCGUCCUCAUCGCGGGCCUCGACGUGUUUGGCUCAAUCCCGACGGACGCGAGUAUUCAUCGAUCGUGCUACAGUGUUGAGAUGGACUAUAUGAUCUACUGCAGCUCGGGGCACGCAUCGAUUCGGUCGGUUGCGUGGUCGGCCGCCAUCGUAAGCAUCAACGUCGUGUCGGUCGGCGCGUGUCUACUGCUGGCGCGCGCCUAUAAGAAGCCCGGGCCACUCCUCGCGGUGACUCCCAACUUGCUCUUGCCACCGGCGGCCGUCGCCUUCCACCGAUAUCCUCGCAGCGCGACGACCGGCUUGUGGCUCAACGACGUGACGCUCGCGCUCUGCGGCAUUUUGCAUAUCUCCCGCCCCAAGCUGCUCUUUGACACGAAAUUAUGGCUGCCAUUGCGCGCGGCCGACGUGCGCCGCCACGUGGGUGGUGUCUACCUCCCGCACUGCAUUGCCCUCUCCACCAUGGCGGCCGCGUCGCCGCGCCGGGGCACGAUCACAUGGACUCGGCAUGUGCACCGCACGCUGCACAAGGUCACGCUCCUCGGCGGGCUCUCCUACUUGCUUGGCUCGCUCUAUAGCAACUACUUUUACUUGGGCGUCGCGCAAGAAUACUUGGCCAACGACUAUGGCUGGACGGGCUACAACGCGACGGGCGCGCGGCUCGCGCUCGAUGCGCCAGAGAAUGGCGAUUGGCACCAAGCGUACAACACGUCCGAAACGUCGGUCGUGUGGCCCGACGCAAUGGCGCGCCGACAGCUUUACCAGCCGCACCCUCACUUGAACGAGAUCAUUUCGGGACUGCGCGCGAUGCACCCGUGCGUGCUGCCGUGGAUGUUCACGCAGUACUGCUGGCUCGACUGGAACCCUCACGAUUCGAACGGCGCGAGGUAUCUGGAAAGUGCGCUGCGCAACAUUCUCGACUGGGACGCUUGGGACCGCUGCUGGGGCGAGUCGUUUGAGAUUGGGAUCGCCCGCGACGUGGCUAGCACGGUGCACGGCCAGAUGUGGUUGAAUGCAACCAUGCAAGCGCACACCCUCUCUAUUCCAGACGAAACCAGAUUCUGGCACUCCCACGGCCUGACCACGUUUGUGCUGCAGUGGCAAAACUACAAGUCCGUCGGUCUCCUCGAUUCGAUCCAGAUCCGCACCGCGCUGGGGCUCUCGUACCCUGUCCGCCUCAGCGCCAGCGCAGGUUUCAUGCAUUUGAGCCAAGAAACGUCGCGCAAGAUGUACUGGGCGUUCGCCAGCGACCUCUGGGCUGUCACCUGCAACACGUCGCGCAUUGUCGGCCAGAGCCUUCUCGCCUCAAGCCCCCGCUUCGCCUACCGCAAUGUAUCCAGCGAGCGUCUCCUCCUUUCCAACGGUUCGUUCAUCGCGUCGCCAGUCUCGGCCGGCUUGGCGUCGCUCCGAGCCGCGGUCGGGCCCUUCAACGCAGUGGAUAUGACGUUUGUUCCUCUUCCAAGCGCGCUUCUCAGCGUGUACACAGGCCUCGCCAACGCUCUCUCGACGCUCCUGCGCCAGAACGCGUCGGCGCAGGCCGACUUCUUUGAGCUACGGGUCGCCGCCAGCAUGGGUGCGCUGCCAUCGGCGUACGCAAAUCGAUGGACGAUCGGCAGCAACCUCCUCUGCGGGAACGACGUGCCGCCCAAUGCCGUCGCGUUUGGCUGGAACACGUACUUUGGCAUGGCGAGCAUGUGUCACUCGUACUACAACGAGUACAUCUUUCCGACGCGGCUGCAGCUGCUCCUCGCCGUGCUCACGAGUCGCCGCACCCACUACUCGGCGGUCUGCACGCUCGACAUUUACGCCAGCAGCACCUGCGCGGCCGACUAUAGUGCCUACGCUACGUUUGCAACCACGUACAAUGUAUCGAUCGACGCAUCAAGUCUCGCGGCGGCCAGGGCGGCAACGACCGCACCGUCGCUCGUGCUCUACCUCCUCAACAACGCCAGCGCUGCCGAGCUCACUGCCAUUCCGCUCCUUCAUGCGACCGACAACGAGUGGAGCUUCUUUGGGUGGUGCUAUCUCUACGAAUGGAUUGUCGGUCUACGGGAUGUGGUUGCGUUCGAGGGCGACCACGGCGUCGUCACUGCCAUCUCGAGCCGGUCACACCCGCUCGUCUUUGUGCCAGACGAAGCGGAGAUCCCGCACUCGCUCUCGUACCUCUUCCAGUGCGUCGUUCAGUACAUCACGACGGUUCUCUUGUGCGUCGCGGUGUGCGUCGCACUCGGCACACUAGCGCAGCGGGGCCACGUCGAGGGUCUCAACCUCUUUGAGCUCAACCGGAUCGUCGGCCAUGUCUGGAUCGGCCGGCUCUUCCUCAUCGUGCGCGCGAUCACGGCCAUGUGGCUCCUCAACACGAGCACGCUCCAGCUCACGCGCAUCGGCCAUGGCACGUGGUUCUCAGUGCCGAGCUUGCCGUGGUACAAGCGCGUUGUGGCGAGCGCCGAAAGCACGUGGCUGGUCUAUGUACUGAACGAUCUCUGGAGCUGCGUCACGGGUCCGUACACGUCGUACUAUGCGAUGAAGAGCUCGUUUCUUGCGUGGGGGUCGGUGGCUGCCUGGACCGCCGCGUCGCCGCAAGCGUAUGUUGCUGUGCUCGAUCGACACUGCGACUUUGUCGACAUGGACACGGCGCUACGCUGCGAAAGCGGCUACGUCGAGAUCGGCAACGCGUCGCGCGUCGGUCUCACCGCGCUCAUUUGCGUUCUCAGCGUCGUCGGCUGCUACAUGGCCGAGCGAUGGUACCGACCGGGCCUCGUCGACUUGGCGAUCCCGACGCAGCUCCUCAACGCCCAGAGCUUUUACAUGCUGGAUAUGACCGACUGGGUCUUCCACGGCGAGUUCUUUCUCGACAAGACGUCGGCGUUCAUGGCCGGCGUCGUCGCGAUCGAGUGGCGACAACGCUUGCAUGUGCUCGACAUCAAGUCGUGGCGCAGCUUCUCGAUUGAUGGCGUCGAGCUCGACCGACGACUCACGUCCAACGGAUCCCAUGAACGCUUGAGCUGGGCGAUUCCGCUCAGUCGUAUUUAG